AUGACCGAACAGUAUAUGCAGAUUCAAUGGUUACAAGAUACGGAAGAAAUCUUUGAUCGAGUACAAUUAAAACCAUCGAAUAAAUAUUUAGCUGUGCAAUCGUAUUUAAAAGGUACAGCUGACACAUGGUUUCGUUUACAUAAAUCAAAUAUUCCUGAUUGGUUUACGUUUAAAAAAGAAAUUCUCGAAGUAUUUAAAGCAUCAUUUAAUCGAACGUCGUUUACAGUUGAACAACAACCAGUUGUGCAUCGUCGUAAUUACUCGUCGUUAUCACCUGAUCUUAAAUUAUCAUCAGUUAUUGAUCGAAGUUCAUCAGAUUCAAAUACACGUUCUCUAUCUUCGGAAAUUAUACCAUUACCAUUACCUAUAUCGAAUGCAAAUGUUUAUCAACAACCAGAUAUUGUUGUUUUACCCGAGCAAUCAUCAGUUAGUGAUCGAAGUGCAUCAAAGUCAGAUACACAGUCUUCGUCGUCCCCUCAAAUUCGAACAUUACCGUUAUCUACACCGGUACUAAAUACUGAUCAGCAAUCGGAUAUGGUUACUUUAUCCGAACAAUCAUCAUCUCAUCAAUCGGUCAAUACUGAAUCAAUUACAAAGUCAACUGUUGAUACUAUAUCACACAUGAUAUCCUCGACAAUUACAAAUAUUCUACCGUCGUGUUCCUCGACAGUCACAGUCAAUAGUAAUACUCCACAUGAAGCUGAAUUAAAACAACUCGAAAGUGAUGAAAUUAAUUCAUGUUCAAUGAAUGAGAUGCCGGUGAUUAAUAGUGAAUUUAUAUCUCGUAUUGUAUCAAUGAAACGUAAUGUACAAGUUAAUUAUCGUGAUAAAAGUCUUGCUGCAUAUGAUACUCGUGAUUUUAUUUAUCGAAUGAUAACUACACAAGAUUUUCUUCCGGCGUAUCGUGCUAAUAUUAGUUUGUUUAUUAGUCGUAUUUACAUUUAUAGUUGCCAUGUGCCCUUACUCGAAGUCUUUAUGUCCUCAUUAAUACAUUACAAACUUAUUAUUCUCCUGAUUCGUGAUAUAUAUGUCUACAUAAAGAAGAGAAGAAAAAACAUCUACACUAAUUCUAUUACAGUACAUUCUAGACAUCGUUUCAUAUUUUUUUUCUCUUUUUAUGUUCAUUUCUUAAGCUGUCACAGUUUAUGUUCGUUUGUUUUCUUGGUUACUCGUUUGUUUUCUUUGUUUGCUCAUUUGUUUUCUUGGUUUCUCGUUUGUAUUUGUUGGUUCUACUCGUUUUUUUUUCGCAUGGCGUGUCUCUUAGUGAACAGAUGUUGCCGUUCACUUGUAAAGGGGGGAGGUGUUAGGUAGUGGCGCUAUCUAAGUCCACUACCUCCUUUCUCUUCUCUCUUCUUCGUCAUCUAUCUCUUCAUUGGUCGAUUGACCAAGAGUGAUGUUGUUUCACGUUCGAGAGUAGUGUUAGUGUUGUUCGUUCGAAGAACGUAUUCCAAUAAAGGUAGUUAGUCCACAGACUAACACCCUCCUUCAUUGUGGAUGCAGUUUUCCGCCACUCUCCAAUGUAANUGUUAGGUAGUGGCGCUAUCUAAGUCCACUACCUCCUUUCUCUUCUCUCUUCUUCGUCAUCUAUCUCUUCAUUGGUCGAUUGACCAAGAGUGAUGUUGUUUCACGUUCGAGAGUAGUGUUAGUGUUGUUCGUUCGAAGAACGUAUUCCAAUAAAGGUAGUUAGUCCACAGACUAACACCCUCCUUCAUUGUGGAUGCAGUUUUCCGCCACUCUCCAAUGUAAAACACAUCCACACUAAAAAAAUUAACCGGGUCCUGCAGGAACUUGCUGACAAGAUGCCUGAAAAGCGUCGUAUCGUGCAGGGAAACAAACCACAUAGCUGGAACAUGGAAACACUAUUCCGACCGCAAACGUCCCGAGAUUUUCUGGAUGAUUUCCGGCGCAUUUUGCCUCAAGACUGAGCAAAUUGGUCAGAACUCAUCAAGAAAGUCACGAACGUUUAUCACCAGGAACCUGCUUCCAUGUCCAGCAAUAAGAUAUGAUUUCCUACAGAGUAUGGUGAUUAUCAGGCAUCUUCUCUGCCAGUUCAGUACGGUUUCGGCGCGCACAAGGAUCUGUAUGCGAUGAUGGACCUAAAUAGAAAUAAAAUAUUUCAUCAGUUUUUAACUUAUAAAUCGAACUCACCAUUAAUAUUUGCUCAGGUGAUAAUUGAUCUAAACACAAAUAAAAUAAUUCAUCUGCUUUUAAUUUAUAAGUCGAACUCACCCUUAUUAUUUGUUCAUCUAAGCAUCGAUCUAAAUAGAAAUAAAAUAUUUCAUCAGUUUUUAACUUAUGAAUCGAACUCACCAUUAAUAUUUGCUCAUGUCAUAAUUGAUCUAAACACAAAUAAAAUAAUUCAUCUGCUUUUAAUUUAUAAGUCGAACUCACUCUUAUUAUUUGUUCAGCCGAGCAUUAAACCAAAUAGAAACAAAAUAAUUCAUCAGGUUGUAACCGUUAAAAUUGAAAUCACCAUUGAUAUUGGUUCAGUUGCUAAGGUCGAUCAACCCCAUCCUACGAUCCGAUGAGAAAUCGAUGAGAUCGCAUCCUCUCCCAUCGAAUUUUAUAAGGAUCUCAUAGGAAUAUUGUUGCAGCGGCGUUAAGGAAUUAUAGUAGGAUCUCCGGGAUCGGAACCUCAUACAAUCUUACAGCGCAAAACACAUCGAAAACAACCACAAUUCCACUAUCGGAUCAUGGACCCGAAUCGUCAAUGCCGGAUUCGGAUUUCUUAACCUCGAUAACCUAUUACAAACUUACAUCAGAAUUUAUCUCCGAGUUGAAAUAAAAAAUCUACCUUGACAGUUUUUGACUUAGAAAGGGACCAAUUUUCUGACCAAUCGGAGCUCGACGCGAAAAACUCAUGACAUAUUCGGAAUCCUGGACAUCGAUAACCUAUUGCAAAGUUACCUCAGAAUUUAGAACGGAGGUGAAAUGGAAAGUCUGACUUUGGAGGAGUGGAAUUUUUGUUUGGUCGAAGUUGCUGUUCCAAACGUUUGCCUGAAAUAUUUUGAAUGGAGGGCAUGGUCUCUCGUGGGAAGCGUUCAAGAUUUUUUAAACUGAGGAGCUUGUACGAAUUGAAAAAAAAACCCAGUAAUCGAUUUUCUGCAUGCGUGUGAAUAUGGUACUUCGAAACUUCUGAUCGGUAGAAAAAAGAAAUCAUUAUUUUGAAUGGGAAUUGACCGAUGGACAAAUUUAUGCGAGGCGUAUAUUACGAAACCCUUUUGAAUGCGAAACUCGAAAGGGGUUUUGACGAAACCCUUGGCGUAACAUAAAAUUCCAAGGGUUCAGUACGAAACCUUUUUAUACUUCAAAACUCUUUGAAGUCUUUUACGAAACCUUGGAUGUCGCUAAACCCUAUGCAGAUUUCGUAUUGUUCUACGGAUACUUCUUUGGUAUAGUAAAAAUCUGCGAAACCUCAAAGGUUUCGUGUGGCACCUUUUUUUUUUCAGUGUACCUUUAUUGGAAUACGUUCCUCGAACAACUACCUUCUCUCUCGAACGCGAAACAACACCACUCUUGGUCAAUCGACCAAUCAAGAGAUAGAUGACGAAGAAGAGAGAAGAGAAGGAGGUAGUGAACUUAGAUAGCGCCACUACCUAACAUAAUUGAUUUUAAUUUUAAAAAUUGAUUAAAAAGGAUUAUUUUCUUUGAAUUUAUUUGAGAAACACUCAAUUUAAUCGAUUUUUCCUGAUUACUUGUCGAAAAAUCUUUUUUAAUCAGAUUUUUUGCUGUUUUUUUACAUGGGUGAUCAACUGUUUGUGCUACAGUUUUGAGACAACUUAAUCUCAGAAGCUCAUAUUUUCAGCCCUAUUGCUAGUUGAAAGGAUACAGCUUUCAACGAAAGAAUGAGCUUUUUAAAUUAUGUAAUUGCUGAGAAACGUUGAAAACACUGCAAAAAACGUCAUCGCGUUAGGCUUGUGAAAGCCGAUACAGUAUAACUUCUAUAUGUGAGCACCUCCCAAUAAUGAGCACCACCCUAUACUGAGCGGUCUGUGGACCGCCCGAGCGAGUUUUGCUGAAAAUGUGCCUCUGGAAUACGAGCACCUUCUCAUUCUGUUAGUGAACGCUGUUUUAUUGGCCCCCAUCAGCCAUAAACACCUCUGUAAUGUAAUGUGAGCAAUAUGUUUUCUAUAACUCAUACAGAACGAGAAAAAUAAAGAUGUUAUGUCGUCUUCAUUAUUGAAAACAAUUAAAGUGCACAUACAAGAACGAAAAAGCUGUUAGCGCAAUCCCUUCGGGAUUAAAAUGUGAAACACGACACAACUGUUAGUUCUUAUCAGAUAAACUAUUGUUCUAUGGAUUUCUGGAUUCUUUCUUUGAUUCUACUUCAAUGCAUCAGCUAUAAAUGCAGAACCACAACAGGUUAAAGGCUUUAUCAAGAUUGUAACCCUAUCCGCUCCUUGCUUGUACGCCGAUACGAUUCAUGACACUCUACAACGACGUUCAGAAGUGUCUACAGAGCUGUAUCAUUGUCAUAGCUUCACUUUUAUAUCUUCCUCGCAUUUCUAAUACCGUUUGUGAUGGAUCCAAAACUUGUCUCUCAGGGCCAGGAAUGGGCAAUUAAUUAAUUAACAAGUAACGUUCAUCGACAUCGAAAGUCGAUUCACCGGGCCCUAGACUGAUACGGAUUACGACUUGAAAUUCAUCCACUGCCUAGAAAAUUAGUUGUUUGUCUCAGAAGCAGAUCCUGAAAUUUCGAAGAGACGAGCGGAUAAGUUGAUUGGAGCCGCUGAGAGUCGAAUAAAUGAAAACGGGGCAAGAAUCAGGCGAAAAUGAAAACUUAACAACGAAAAUCAAUGAUAAAAAGCACACAAAGACAAACAGAAACACGAAAGAGGGGGCAACAGCCAAACUACGGUUUGAGGAUGGGGGACAGAAUCUCAGGUCCUCUUAUCCAUAAGAAACGUGUUUGAAGAAUCAUAUCAGCGGACUUGAAGGCUUUCAGAGAUUAGGGCUAUCUCUCACCUAGCUACUAACUUGCGUGACUCAGAGAUUUUGAGAUGGGAGCUUCAAAAUUCCGUAGGGGGGAGCAGCUGCCUGGCUCCAAUGCCUCCGUCACUGGGGGGAAGUAUUCCGCGUUUCUCACCCACGAAUCCACACAUGACAGGCACCAUAAAAGUGGUCAUUUGUACCAAAGAAAUGCUCAUUUGCGUCAUGGAAAUGGUCGUUUGUGCCACAGAAAUGGUUAUUUGUGGCAUAGAAAUGACUAUUUGUGCCACGGGAAUGGUCAUUUGUGCCGUGGAAAUGGCCAUUUGUGCCAUGGAAAUGGUAGUUUUUGCCACAAAAAUGGUUACUUGUGCCACAGAGAUAGUCGUUUGUGCGAUGGAAAUGGUAGUUUGUGCCAUGGAAACGGUCAUUUGUGCCACAAAAAUGGUCAAUUGUGCCACAGAGAUGGUCCUCUGUACCAUAGAAAUGGUCAUUCGUGCCAUAGAAAUGGCCAUUUGUGCCAAGAAAACUGUCAUUCGUGCCACAAAAAACGGUCAUUCGUGCCACAAAAAUGGUCAUUUGUGCCACAAAAAUAGUCACUUAUGCCACAGAGAUGGUCGUUUGUGCCAUGGAAAUGAUCAAUUGUGCCAUGGAAGCGGUCAUUUGUGCCAUAGAAAUGGCCAUUUGUGCCACAGAGAUGGGCAUUUGUGCCAUAGAAAUGGUCGAUUCCGUCAUUGUUACAGACAGACGGACAGACAGACGGACAGACAGACAGACAGACAGACAGACACAGGUGAAUUACGGUUUCCAGACCCUAUCCUUUCAGUCUAGGGAAAAUGUCUUCCGAAGCAAUUGAAAUCACUAUUCUUAACACUUUAACUCGUCUUCAUCUGUCUGCAAUGGUGGAUGAAGCUGGAACUACCUGUCGGUAACGGUCUGCGAUGGGGAAUCACGUGUCUGUAACGAUCUGUGACACAGGUAUCACCUGUCUGUAACGGUCCGUGAUGGUGGAAUCACCUGUCUGUAACGGUCUGCGAUGCAGGUAUCAGCUGUCGGUAACGGUCUGUGAUGG